AUGCACCCCCGCGCCGGCAACUCCGUGCACAAGGAGCAGCCGGUGGACCCGCGCAGCAGCCGCGUCCCGCGCCGCGCGCGCCUGAGAGAGAUGCCGGAGGGCGCGAUGCUUGCGGCUGGCCGAUGCCUGUCGGCUGGCUGGGCCGGCUGCCUGCUGCCGGCCGGCGGACUCGGCUCGCUCGGCCUGCUGUUGAUCCUGCUGCUGCUGCUGGCGCGCGCCACGCAGGCAUCGGGAGCCGCCUCCGUGGGCCACUACGGCCGGCCGUACGGCGCCGGGCCCGUCAACCACUUGUCGCCGCAGCACCCGUUCCUCGCCCCGGCGUACACCGGAGGCGGAGGCGGAGGCGGAGGCGGCAGCGCGCUGCCGUCGCUGCAGCUCGGCUACGGCGUGCCGUUCAUCGACUUCCUGCAGGCGCAAGCGAGCUCACCGAACGGUGGCCGCGAGGUGCCCACCCCCCACGCGGGCGCCGCCGGCGCCGCCAACGUUUCGCUGCCGGUGCUGCCUCACAGCAUCCCAGUCACAGGUCAAGACUACCCAGACGACGGCUGCGCGCGCGACGAGGUGCGCCUGAUGACGACACACCGCUCCUACCACCAGCACCAGCCGUGUCAGCGCAUCCUGGAGCAGGGCUACUGCCCGCUCGGCCAGUGGGUGGUCGUCAACAUGUACACGCGCAGGGGCGAGUGCGCCACCCAGCUCUGCCCGGACGGGUACGCCUUCGUCGAAGCCGACGGCCUGUGCCACGACGUGUACGAGCAGGGCCUGUGUCCAGGUAAGUCGACGCCGCGCCGCCGCGGGCCCGCGGCUCGCGGCGAGCGCGCGACCCCCGCACCUAUUGACACGCCGCGCACGUCGCCGCGCGCCCUUUCACGGAGCGCCACGGUGAUCAUGACGGCGACCGGCGGCCGUGGGGCCACCGGGGUCCCGAGCCUCCACAUGGGUCUCGGAGGCGCUCCCGCCGCACCUCCCGGCCACCACGCCCGUUCCCACGCCGCCGGCCAGCAGCGCCCGCGGCCGUAUGCCCCGUGA